AUGGAUUAUCACGCUUCUGACCCUAUAUGGAUUUUUCAAUUGUGGCUUCAGCUAUAUUUUCCGGAAUUAAGUCCCACCACCGUUUGCCCAAACGAUAAAGCGCUUUGGGGUCCACCCUUGCUCAACGCCCCACGCCGGAAGCAUUAUGUUGAGGAUUGCUUCCGAUUUUUCUAUGAGUGCCUGGAGAAGACUAUGGAGCAUCUCUCGAUUUGCCUAGAUCACCGUUUCCCGGAUUAUCUAGCCUUGGAUCUUUCCUCAUAUCCCACGGCGGAGACAAAAGAUGAGAGACAUAAUAUGUGGGUGAGCAUCCUCAUCAGCCGUGAUCUUCCAUAUGGCCUAAUGGUGAACAAAGGUAGCAACUAUCAUUGUGGUGAUGAGCUUUAUUAUCCCGUCGCCGCCGGCUACCUGCUUGGUUUUAUACAGAGCAUCCCUAUACCACCCAUGGAUUCCUUCAACUUGCUUUCCUCUUGGUGGGUGAAAUUUAAAGAUGCAAAAGAAGUCACCACCUUGACGGAUUUGAACCAAGACUUGGUGAAAUCCUUCAGUAUUCCGAUUAGAGAUCUUCGGUUUGGUGACUCUAACAUCUUUAUCCAUUGGUGGAAAGAAAUGUCGGCCAGUUGGUUUUCUCAACCAUGCUCAGAGAUUGAGGAUAGGAUCUUUAGGUAUUGCCCAUGCUCAUUGGCCUUUCAACGAGAGAAAGAGAAGAAGAAGGCCCAAGCAAAAGUUGACAUCACCGAGAAGGAAAAUCCGCCCGCCGACAUUAUUGAGACAGAGCGCUCGGCCAAAUUUGCCAAUGCAAAUUCUGGGCGGGGCGAGAAAAGGCCCAACGCCCCCAUCCAAGCUUAA